AUGUCAUCGCAGAAGAUGCGGCCAGUGCUUGCUUGGCAGACGACUGGUGUACGAAGCCUCAUGUACGCAAUCUGGGUGUGUGACGGGGUAAAGGACAGUGUUGAUGGUUCGGACAAGGAAUACUACGACAAGGAAUACCUCCUAUGCUUCGAUGACAGGUCAUUUCUGUGUGACAGCGGCCACUGUAGCUUGAAGUUAUGGAGGUGUGACGGAGACGAGGAUUGGGGCGACGGGUCUGACGAGAGAGAUUGUCCUCGCGAGCCCUGCUCUUGGAAGAAGUUCCAGUGCGAGCACGUGCAGUGCAUCAGCAGAACAUUGCUUUGCAACUGUUAUCCAGACUGUCCAGACGGCUCCGACGAGUAUGCAUCCACCGUCUGCGCUACCAUGUCGUGUGCAGUCAAUGGAUUCGACUGCGGUUCUUAUUGUAGUGGAUGUGUGCCCAGGGAGCACCAUUUCGAUGGUUACGUGGACUGCGCCGAUGGGUCGGACGAGAAGGACUGCCCUGCCAUGGCAUGGAACUUAACGGACAUCUUCUGCGACAAUGGCCAGCGGGUUCCGCUGUGGGUGCUUUGCGACGGUGACGUCGACGACGACGACGGGUCCGACGAAAGCGUCAAGGUCUUUCACACCAAGAAGAUGUGCGCCGGCAAUGAGUACCAAAGUGACUCACCCCAGCGUCCCUGCGUCCAGCUCGACGUCGUGUGCGAUAAUUACGAUGACUACGUCGGAGGAUCGGAUGAGAGAGGCUGCAAAGGUUCUGCGUGUUCUUUCGAUGAUGAGUCCACCUGCAAGAGCGGUCAAUGCGUACCGAAGGCGUCGCUGUGUGACUGUCAUCCGGACUGGGAGGACGGGUCCGACGAGCGCCACACCAUCUGCGCGCUUGACAAGAAGUGUGCUGAGGACGAGCGUGCAAGAACGCCCGCAAAAUCUGCGUUCACAUCGCGUUCCGCUGCGACGGACGCUUCGACUGCGAAGACGAUCGAGUCCAACGAAAGAGGAUACUGA